AUGUUGAACAACAUCUCAUUACAAUGCAGACCUGGCACUUACUCGUAUUCGAUUUCGACGACUUUAAUAUUACAAUUCAACGUACAAAGCACCAAGCUCAGCUGUCAAAUUAAACUUGAAUACACUAAUACACCAAAGAAGCUGCGCUUCUCGAGCAGAGGACGUAUCCAAUUUAUUAUAGGCUGUUGUAAAAUUAAACAUUAAUGUACAAAAAUAAGAAGUGACCCCGAGCAAUAAUUUUCCCCUACCUCGUCCUCCUCCGUUUGCGUAAACGAGCACAGCAAUGCAUCUAGCAAAGAACCAGACCGCUAACAGUAUAGCAGAUGACAGAUACCAACUUCAGCCCCCGCGUUUCGGGCGCUAGUGCCGUCCGAUGUGAGACUACAGAUGAACAAGAGAUAUUUACUUAUUCAAGUACUGUACAAACGAGACUGUAUUCAAGGUCGUAGAAAUACAAAUAUUGUUUUACUGUAUACUAAGAACACCGAGAAAACUACAAAAACUGAAAACACUGUUGAGAAAAACGCUGAAAAUAACGCACUGCAUGCGUACGAGCACCGUUAAGACCUGCCACUAGAAUCGUGAAGGCUCUCUGCCACUAGAAUCGCACCGAAAUCUCAAGCACCGUUCCAUCUCAUGGUGUGUAACAAUUGGGCUGUG